UGUGUGUAACGAUUCGGUCGCGGGCGGUCGAGCGUAGAGCGCGAAUCGGAGCUUUUUCGAAUAAGAACCGCGAGUUCCAUUUGCGUUCUGAAUUAAAAUUCAAACAAUAUUUUUAAAAAAUUGAGUGUUAAGUAAAAUGUUCGACACUUGUAAAAAAUAAAUAGUGUUAUUACAGAGUGCCAGUGUUUUUAACAAAAAUACAAUAACGUUAUCAAAUAUGUCAUCGGUGCAUUCUGAUGAUGAUCAGGAGGAGAUCAACGUUGACUCCGACAGUCGGCUAUCGGGACAAUGCGAUCGAAGUGUCGGGUCCGAAGACCGUGAUUCAGAACACAGCUACCACGACAGAUACCGUGAUUCACCCAGCGACCACAUGACUGAUACGCAGCCGAGAGUAAAUCUGCCUUUUAGUAUAUCUCGAUUGUUAGGUAAACAGUUCGAAGAGAUAGAUAAACGCCGGCAUUCGGGAGAGAGUGAUGACCGUAGUGAUCAGGACACUGAAUCUGAGAGUGCAAAAGACGAUGGGAAGGACUCAAAUUUGCCUUUGAACUUUUCACAUGCUCAUGGGUUAUACCCUAACUCUGGGUUGUUGUUGAGGCCAGGGCUUGGUUUGGGAGGUGGUUAUGGGUUUUCGAAUAACCCUGGCGUGGUGCGAGUACCGGCUCACAGGGCCCUGGGAGCGCUGGGAGCCUGGGGAGUGGCGCUGGACCCCAUGCGGCAGGCAGCGGCUGCGGCUUUUGCUCACCAAGUUGUGAAGGACAGACUGAAUGCAUCAUUCCCCAUCACGAGGCGGAUCGGGCACCCGUACCAGAACCGAACGCCUCCUAAGCGGAAGAAACCUCGGACCUCCUUCACCAGGCUGCAGAUAGCCGAGCUGGAGAAGCGGUUCCACAAGCAGAAGUACCUGGCGUCGGCUGAGAGAGCGUCCUUGGCGAAGACCUUGAAGAUGACGGACGCGCAGGUGAAGACAUGGUUCCAGAAUCGAAGGACGAAGUGGAGACGUCAAACAGCUGAAGAGAGAGAAGCAGAACGUCAAGCAGCGAACCGUUUGAUGCUGUCUCUCCAAGCUGAAGCGCUGAGCAAAGGCUACAUUCCCGAACCUCCUCCGGGGGCCACGCCGCUGUCAGCGCUGCAUUACCAGAGUCAAGCCAGCAACGCGCCAGCCCCACCCUCAAACACCGCUUUAAGCGCUUUGCAAAACCUACAGCCGUGGGCUGGAAACCAAAGCGGCUUUAUAAACGCUCCAACAACAAAUGCGCCUACGCAUCCUCCGCCUGUAGCGUCGCCGAUAUGUUGAAAUUUUUGAAUUUGGAUCCUACAUUUUGGUUUGAAAUAAACUCAUAGAUUGUCGACUGAUUUUUGACAGAUCGUCUUUACACUUGACAAGAUUGACAUAACUGUGACACUUAUAACUAACUAAAAGUUUAAUAUUGCAGCUAAAAUCUGUUUCAUACUUAGUUUACACCCAAAAUGUAUGUUAUUUUGCCCUUUUGAUUUUUGCAUUCCAAAAAGCCAUAGAAAUAAAUUAAUUAGUUCAAAGCAAUGUACUUACAAAAAAUAAUAUUAAAAUAAAUUAGAAGUUAAUUAUUCGAUUAAAAUAUCGCAAAUAAUCCUGUAAAU